CCACGCAUACCGCAGAACGUCGGCCCGGAACGGCGGAGCUACCGAACAACAGCGACCGCGGUGACCGGAAAACGACCGGAGCAACGAGGGAGCCGAGCGUAUGUGGCACGCGGCGCGCCGGGACGGGUCCACCUCCCGACCCCCGACGCCGGCGAGCCACACGCCCGCGCGCACGGUGCCCCAGCACCAAUCCGCGCAAUCCCGCGCGCACGAUGCUGCAGAUCACCGAAUCCCGGCGUCGCACCGGCUCCACACACCCCGGAUCGAGCGCCUCUUCCACACACGCGCACGCCCAACCACCCCACUCGUGAACUGUGCCCGCCCCCGCCCCGCGCGCCAUGGCCACACCCAUCUGAUGCCACCACCCCUCCCGCCAUGCUGCCCUUCUGCUCCUCCGCCGCGCCCACCCCAUGCUCCCCGCUCUGCCCGGUGACCGCCGGCGCGCGGGCGCUGCGGAGGGUCGAGGCUGGCGCGCUCAGGCCCUUCGCCGCCGACCCGCUCGUCGCGCAGGCCGUGCCUGACCGCCCGCUCUUCUCCGACUCCGCCAUCCUCUCCCCCUACGCCACCGCGCCGGACGCAAUCGUGCGGGGGUUCGCCUCCGCCGCCGAGCUGCCCGACCCUCUCUGGCGCGCCGGGGUCGACCCGCCGCUGAUGCCCGUCGACCUGGCCGCGGACGCUGUGGUCGGCGCGGUCACCGACGAUGCCGCGCAGCAGGCCCUGAUGGACGCGGAGAUGCCCACCACGUUCCCGGCCGACGCCACCGGCGUCGAGGAGUCCGUGGCCAGGUUCAUCGACAAGCUCAGCAAGCAGAUAUUCCAGGCGGAGGACGCGCUCACCGAAGGGUACGACAAGCUCAGGCUGUCGGCGUACGACGCUCUUGGGGCCUACAGGAAGGCGAUAAGGGGCGUCGCUGGUGGCAUCACGUCCUCGGUGGCUGCCACCAAGAAGCAGGCCGCCGGUGGGGUCCCGGACGUUUCCGGCGCAUUUGAAGAUAAGGUGGCCGGAGCUGGCGCCGUGGCGGCUGAUGUUCUUAGGAAGGCAAUUGUUGUAGCAGAGGAUUCACUGGGCAGUGCCACCACGUCCCUCGUAUACUACUAUGGCUCGGCCAAGUCGUCGUUGCCACCAAAUGUCAAAGAUUUGCUGAACUCAUCCGAGGAGAAAGCUAACAUAGUAUUGCGACCAAUUGGAGGUGCCCUUCAACAGGUAUACAUUAUCAUCGAAGGCAUCGAAAAGAAUGUUGGUUUGAACCCAAGUGACCCAAUUGUUCAAUUAGCAGUUUUGCUUGGAGGUUCAACAACAAUAGGGAUAUCUUACUGGCUCUUCGCAUAUGGCGGCUAUUCUGGAGAUUUGUCGCCUGAAUCGACAUUGGAGCUAUUGAAAAGUGAUGGCAAAGCCGUACUUAUUGAUGUUCGGCCUGAGGACUUGAGGGUGAAAGAUGGAAUUCCUGACCUACGCCGUGCAGCUAGAUCUAAAUAUGCAAGUGUUGCUUCGCCUGAGAUCAAAGGUCCAACAAAGAAGCUACUUAAAGGUGGAAGCGAAGUUGAUGAUGCUUUGGUUGCAGUUGUAAUCCGCAACUUGAAGUUAGUUAAGGGUGAUUCAAAGGUCGUCAUUAUGGAUGCUAAUGGAACCCGAUCAAAGUCCAUUGCUAGGCUACUGAAGAAGCUCGGUGUGCAGCAACCUUACCUGGUUAAAGGUGGUUUCCAAUCUUGGGCAAAGAAUCUUCGCGUGAAAGAACUGAAACCUGAGACUGCAUUGACAGUAAUAAAUGAGGAUGCUGAGGAAAUCCUCGAAGGCAUAAAGCCCACCCCUACACUUGUCUUUGGAUCACUUCUGGGCCUCUCAGCAGCUACUUUUGCUUUGCUAGAAUGGGAGACGACUUUGCAGUACAUCGGUGUUCUUAGUCUUGGGUUGACGAUCUACCUGCGGUUCUCUUCAUACGAGGGUUCGGAGGAUUUCCUGCAAGACCUAAAGCUGUUGCUGUCCCCAGUAAGAGUGGGCGCGGAAGCGUUCUCAUGGGCAGCUAAGAAGCUAGAGCCUAACAAGAUUGGCCUGGCAACGUCCCCCUCCACAACGGCGGUGCAGGACCGAGUUCUCAAAGCUGCAGCGAAGCACGAAUCGAAGCCAUCUGAUGCGGAGGAGUCCACCAAGACAGACAGUUUUGCCUCCGAAGCAUGAGAAGCUCCCUGUGAGCGUGUGAACUGGAUCCGUAGCCACUUCGCCGUCAGUCUGGUGAAUUGAUGUUUUUGAUGUUAGUAAUGGUACCAUGAGCCGCCGUGACGACGACCGGCAUUGUAAAUUUAUAAGCAGCAGUUUAUAUUAAACACUUGUUAGCAGAAGUCUUCAGUUAUUGGUCCAGUCUCAGUGCCUCUCACCAGAAAUAGAGAGAAAUGCUAGCCGGACUUCACUUGAAA